ACUUUUGACAAGUAAAAUCCAACUAGAUAACAAAGAUCAAUUCUGCUUUAAAAUUUUAUACAUUAGGAAUACAUCAAAAUUACAUAUAAAAUAACUGUACGAAAUAAGCUGUUCAGUUAGUGUUUAAAUAUAGCUCAAUGAAAGAAUGAUUUAAAACUUACAAUAUAUAAGGACUAGUUGAAGACAUAGUGAUUCAGCAAGGUGCAGACAGCAUUUAUUUAAAAAGAGUUUUUGCAGUCAGUAAAAUAUCUAGAAAAGCUUUCUCGAACUUUAGACAUAAACUUGAAGUUUGAUGUAAUGAAUAACUGAGUUGGAUUUUACAGCAAAUCAACACAAAAAAAGGCCACAUAAUGCUGAGAGGAAGUUAAAUUGAGGAUGGAAGUUGAAAAUUAUCACUAUAAUCAUAGUAUGUUAAGAAUAUCAACUGUAAACAUAGCAAUAUAACAAUAAAUUAAAAUUAAAUGUAAAGUAUUUACGACAUGUUCAGGUUUUGAUCAAAUAGUGUCAACAUAAACGGUUUCUGUGUCAAAUAUUGAACUUCAAUAUUUUUAUUGAAAGUGUUGCAAACAACUCAAAAUUUUGAAGAUGAAAUUUAAAUGAUUCUGAGAAUUUACACUUUUUUCAUCAAACCUUCCAAGAACUGGAUCUAUUUAGUGUGACUAUAAUAAAGUCAAAUAUCACAUGUACAAAAAUUGGAAAAGAAAAUAUAAAAUACAGACUGUGAAGUGGCAUUCAUUCUGUACAAUCUGAUCAGACCAUGUUCACUGUCCUGAUUGAGAUAAGGCACAGAUUUUCCGGAAUUCAGGUUUGAAGAUGCCCAUGUAGCUUACUCCCUACAAUCUCCCUAUUUUCCCCUAUGUGCGUUUGAGAAUAAUCCACGUUUGAAUAUAGAUGUGUUUGAGAGAAGUACCCACGUUUGAAUACUGAUGUGUGCACAGGCUAGCAGACCCCAUAGUUCAAGAUGGAAGAUGGGGAGUUUAGAUUCUACAGACUUGUUAAGUGUGAGAAAGAAGUGGUCCAACUGUCCCUUCAGGAGUUGUUUGAGUUCCUUUGGAAUCUAAAAUACCCUGAAACUCCAUGGGCCAAAAAUGCAGCAAGCGUGAAAGUGUUUGAAGAAAAAGAAGAGGAGCACUUUCAAAACAGUUUGCACGGAUUGUCUCCCAAAGAAAAUUGGAGCAAAAUUCAGAAAAGAAACCGACUCCAUAGCACUUUCAGAGAUAAUGAGUGGGGUAGUUAUGACUGGGAUAUCAGCAAGUUUGCAUAUGCUUUAGUAGACUCCAAACUCUUCUUUGAACUAGAGAUAACCGAUGAGACAGGUAUGCCACUCAGUGCGCACAUUGUCAGGAUAAAAUACGAUCGUAAUGAAAUCGCUCAUUUUAGAAAAGCUAACUGUGACACCGUUUACUUUGAAAAGAUUUUAAAGUCAACAGAAGACUACAUGAAAGCACUAGUAGAAGUAGUAAAACUGAAUGUAUCCCCAUACAUUGAAAAAUUACAGGCAAUAAAAACAGAGGAAAAACCUGUUUCGGCCGAAGUAUACAAUCAUAUGAGUUUAGAGUUUGAAAAGUUGAAAUGCUCACAACUGGUCUAUGAAGAAAGGGAGAAGAGAUACUUAGUGCAAGAAGAACUGAGUGCAACAAUAAGAGAAUUAGAGAGGAUUAAAACUGCAUCAGAAAACGCAUUUCUAAAGGAGAGCCAUUCAACAGAAUGUGAAAGACUGAAGCAAACACAUUCAACUGAAUUUAAAAGACUGAAGCAAACACAUUCAACUGAAUUUAAAAGACUGAAGCAAACACAUUCAACUGAAUUUAAAAGACUGAAGCAAACACAUUCAACUGAAUUUGAAAGACUGAAGCAAACACUGAAGCAAACACAUUCAACUGAAUGUGAAAGACUGAAGCAAACACUGAAGCAAACACAUUCUACUGAAUUUGAAAGACUGAAGCAAACACUGAAGCAAACACAUUCAACUGAAUGUGAAAGACUGAAGCAAACACUGAAGCAAACACAUUCAAUUGAAUGUGAAAGACUGAAGCAAACACUGCAGCAAACACAUUCAACUGAAUGUGAAAGAAUGAAGCAAAGCCAUUCAACUGAAUGUGAAAGACUGAAGCAUGCACUUCAAAGCUCUUCAAUGGAAGUUGGGAGACUUCAGUCUGAAAAUGCGUUACUGAAGCAGAGAAUGCACAAACUAGAGUCAGGUAUUACUCUACGGAAACGAAAGCAUUCUGAAAAUCCGGAAGAAUUUCAGGAACUAAAAUCUGAAGAACUGGACUUAUAUAACAAAGUUAAGAAAAGUACAGAACAGACGAAUUUUGAUAGCCUAAGAUGUAAACGCAAUGGGAUGAUGAAGGCUGUGAUUGUGAUAAUAAUGGUUUGGCAUCAGGUGAAAAGAAAAUAACUGCUGCAGAACAAGCCCUAAAAGAGUUAUUUUUAACCAUCUUGGACAAGAAAUUCCACAAGGAAAGAAGCAGUGUUGUAAAUAAGUAACAAUGAAGUUAUGGAAAAAGACAAGAGAAUCAAAGAGCAAAGCUCUCAGUGUAAGGAAUUAGACAAAUGGGACAUAUAACCUGUGCAUUAUAAAAGAAAUAAUGUAGAAAAAUAAACAUAUCAUUUUCAACUUGUUUUUAUUUUGUUUUAUUUCAUUCCUACAGAAAUUGUAUCUGAAAUAUGAUAGAACUAGAGAUGCUUUUGAGAAAAACGCAUGUCUCCCACAACUGCCCCAUUGAAAAAUGUCUAGUUUCUCUCAAUGGCUUUGAUGAAUGGACCCAAUCAGUAAUUCAAGGGCCAUAAUUCAAAAGUGCCUGAGCGGAUUUGGCUAGUUACUGAACUUGCCAGAGGUCUUAUGGUCAAACACAUUUUGUUCAAGUUUGGUGAAGAUCGGAUGAGAAAUGUUCAACUUAGAGAGUGAACUAGAAUAAAAAGGAUGAUUUUUUUGGUAAUUCAAGGGCCAUAACUCCAAAAUGCCUGUACUGAUUUGGCUAGUUAUCAAAUCUGGCCACGGUUUCAUGGUCAAACACAUUUUGUUCAAGUCUGGUGAAGAUCAGAUGAGAAAUGUUUGACUUAGAGUGCGGACAAGAGUAAAAAGGCCAAUGUUUCAGUAAUUCAAGGGCCGUAACUCCAAAAUGCUUGGACUGAUUUAGCUAGUUAUCAGACUUGGCCGAGGUGUCAUAGUCAAACACAUUUUGUUCAAGUUUGGUGAAGAUCGGAUGAGAAAUGUUCGACUUAGAGUGCGGACAAGAGUAAAAAGGCCGAUUUUUGGUGAUUCAAGGGCCAUAACUCCAAUAUGCCUGGAUCGAUUUGGGUAGUUACCACAAUUGGCUGAGGUCUUAUGGUCAAACACAUUUUGUUCAAGUUUGGUGAAAAUCGGAUGAGAAAUGUUCGACUUAGAGUACGGACAAGCUUUGAGACAGACAGACACACAGACAGACUGGAGUAAAUCAAUAUGUCUCCCACACUACUGUGUGGUGGGAGACAUAAUUAUUCUAUGAAGUUAAUUCAUGGUUCUACAAUAUUAACACUUGUGAGGAAGUCUUAGAAAGACCAAGGUUAGGCAUUGUAAAAGUUAUGUUGUAAAUUUUAAGUUGUAUGGUAACAGAUCUUGAACAAAUGCAGUUCUUUUCAAAAUUUACUGCUGUAGUGCUGACAUUUUCAGCAUUAUCUUACUAAGCCAAGCAAAUAUCUAAGUUAUACAAUUUCCCCAAAUUGUAAAAGCUGAUUAAUAUAGUUGAAAUCUAUGUCACAGAAUUUCUAUAACAACCUUUCUUUCAAAUAUAAAUUUCCCAUAUUAAAUAAAAGCAUUUUUCAUUAUUGUUUGAUGGUUAAUCAUGUAAUCCAUAUAACUAUUAUAUAUUGUAUAUCAUUUAAUUUUCAUUCUUGAAACUGCACAUGAUACCGAUUUUCUAAACGAAGUAAUUGUCUUGUAUGCUGUUUCUUUUUAAGCAUUGUUCUAUCCAUUACAUGUAUGAAUGAUUAUCAAAUGAGUGUUCUAUAAGAUGUACGAACUUAGCAAGAGCAGCUGGAGAACCAGAGUAGCCAGAACUAAGCCUAACCCUAACCCUAGAAGUAGCCAGAAGGGUUUAGCGUAGCCAGAAGGGGGUUAGGUUAAGGGUUAGACUUUAAGUUCUGGCUACUCUGGUUCUCUGGCUGCUCUGGCUAAGUUAAUUGAUUGUGUUACAGAACUUAUGAUUUCUUAUAUUAAUGAUGUUUACUGUUUGUACACAACAUAUUGACUGCAGAAAUAAAUACUAGAUCACGAAUUAUUGUCUACUUUUUCCAAAACCCAACUCCGUUUUACACACAAAUCUAAGGUGUAAAAUUUUGAAAAAUAAUCUUCUGUUACUGCUGAAAGUUGCUGAAAUAUCAUACAAAGGAUAUGUAACCCUUACCAUGCUGGACACUAUUGAUUCUGCCUUUGCGACCAGUGU